AGAUUGGAAAGGGAAAAUGGGAUUGGAAGGUGGAAAAGGUUGUAGAAGUGGGGAUGAGAUGGAAAAAAAAUGGGCUGAAGGAGCAAAAGACGGUGGGGAAAGAGGAGAAUAGAAUGCAAAAUAAUAAGUGAAACGGGCCAACUGAAGAUGGAAAAAAAAAAGCAAAAAGGGGUGGGGAAUAAAGAGAAAGAAAAGAAUAUUAAAUCGCGGGAGAAUGAGAAAAUAAACCCGCAAAAGGGAGAGGAGGGGGCGAGGGCGCCAGUUACGGCGUGGGUGGGGUUGACAAGAAUAGAGUACAUUAUGCAGUUCAUUUAGUUAACAAGUGAAAUAAUGAGGAAGCGUGCAGAGUGAAUGCCAAGAGAAAAGGCACAAAAAGCCUAUUGAGAGGCCUCCGCCGCUCCUGGCGUAGCCCAUCACAUGGCAAUAGUCCUAUUUAAGCAGCGCAGUCAGCGCCUUUCAGCACCAGUAGAACUGGCCAGCACCCCCGGGCUCUCCCGCAGCGGCUCUCCAGCGGCGGCAGCAGUAGCAGCAGCAGCAGCAGCAGCAGUAGCAGUAGCAGUAGCAGUAGCUGACCGCAGCAGCAGCAGCAGCAGCAGCAGGCGGGGCCCGGCCGGAGCCGUAGAGGGACUGACGCGCUGGGAAGGACUGGGGCCUAAGGUCAUGCCACGCUCCUUCUUGGUGGACUCGCUGGUGCUGCGGGAGGCUGGGGAAAAGAAGGCGCCCGAGGGUAGCCCACCCCCGCUCUUCCCCUAUGCAAUGCACCCCCCGCACGCCUUGCACGGGCUCUCGCCUGGCGCCUGCCACUCGCGCAAGGCCGGGCUGCUGUGCGUCUGCCCGCUGUGUGUCACAGCCUCCCAGCUGCACGGGCCCCCGGGGCCACCAGCCCUUCCCCUGCUCAAGGCGUCCUUCCCCCCUUUUGGCUCGCAGUACUGCCAUUCGCCCCUGGCCCGUCAGCACUCCUCGGUCUCCUCCGGGGUCAGCCACGGGCCGGCCGCCGCCGCUGCAGCAGCCGCUGCUCUCUACCAAACCACCUACCCCUUGCCUGACCCCAGGCAGUUCCAUUGCAUCUCCGUGGAUAGCACCUCCAGCCAACUGCCCAGCAGCAAGCGGAUGCGCACAGCCUUCACUAGCACACAGCUUCUGGAGCUGGAAAGGGAGUUUGCCUCUAACAUGUACCUGUCCCGACUUCGCCGCAUAGAGAUCGCCACCUACCUAAACCUGUCCGAAAAGCAGGUGAAGAUUUGGUUUCAGAACCGCCGAGUCAAACACAAGAAAGAGGGCAAGAGCGGUUCUCACCGUGGGGGCGGCGGGGGCGGGGGCGGAGGCGCGCCCCACAGCUGCAAGUGUUCGUCUCUUUCUUCUGCCAAGUGCUCAGAAGACGACGACGAACUUCCCAUGUCCCCGUCCUCGUCGGGAAAGGAUGAACGGGACCUUACUGUAACUCCAUGAGACUCCAGGUUCCCCUGGUACUACCCCCAACAAGCCCAAGCACUCUCCCUUCUACCUGAGAAACUGAGCAGAGAGGCAGGUGCUGGGGACUCCCAGCGCUCUCACACUCCUCCCUUUAUCUAAAGCCAAACGCAGCGCUCGGAUCUAAUGUGGUUUUAUAGAGGCCGGAGGAUCAGGCUAGUGCGCUGCGCUUUUUAGAGAACUGGCGUCGUCUUCCCACUGCCCAGUCCCAGCGCCAUUACAGAGUGC